GUGCGAGUCCCGACACUCGCCUGGCGCAGUUGGAAGAACGGCGCCAGAGAACCGACCCUCUCUCUGAGGAAACUCAACCAUGCCGCCAAAAGAAGACCAGGAGGUGAACAGGCUGAAGAAAGAACUAGAGGACAUCACCAACAAGAUAAAAGAGCAGCAGAGGAAGGUGGCCGACACGACGAUGGAGCAGGUGUGCGCCGACCUGGCCGAGGUGCCCAAGCUGAGGCUGUCCACCAGGAAGCUGCUCAAGGGCCACAUCAACAAGGUGAACUCGGUGCACUUCAGCGGCGACAGCAGGCACUGCGUGACUGGCUCGCUGGACGGCAAGCUCAUCAUCUGGGACACGUGGACGGGCAACAAGGUGCAGGUCAUCCCCCUGAGGUCGGCCUGGGUCAUGAGCGUCGCCUUCUCGCCGUCGGGCAACUUCGUCGCCUGCGGCGGCAUGGACAACAUGUGCACCGUGUACGACCUGAACAACAGGGACUCGACCACCAACUCGGCCAAGAUCACCCGCGAGCUGAUGGGCUACGAGGGCUUCCUGUCUUGCUGCCGCUUCCUCGACGACAGGACGCUGCUCACCGGCUCCGGGGACAUGAAGAUCUGCAUGUGGGACCUGGAGGCCAGCAAGAAGACGCUGGAGUUCGACGCCCACGCGGGCGACGUGGCGUCGCUGUCGCUGUCCCCGGACGGCCAGAAGUACGUGACGGGCAGCGUGGACCGCACCUGCAAGCUGUGGGACACCCGCGACCCCGACUGCAAGCAGACCUUCUUCGGGCACGAGGCCGACGUCAACUCCGUCUGCUUCCACCCUUCCGGACACGCCUUCACCUCGGCGUCAGAGGACAAGACUGCCCGACUGCACGACCUGAGGUCGGACCAGCAGAUCGCCCAGUACACCCCGCCGAACCCCAACUCAGGUUUCACGUCGUGCGGCCUCUCUCUCUCGGGGAGGUACCUCCUGUGCGGCAGCGACGACAACUCCAUACACACCUGGGACACGCUUAAGAACCAGCACACAGGUUGCCUUGGUGGCCACGAAAAUCGGGUAACGUCCCUCUCUCUAGCCGGCAAUGGGAUGGCAAUUGUUUCUUGCUCCUGGGACAACCAUGGGCGAGUGUGGGUCUAAGUGAUCGCUCUCAUCUCUCAUCACUGCUGCUGCGUCAACUUGAACGUCAAACACACCGCCGCCUAUAUUUUCAGUAUAGACCCACCACCACACCAUCGAGCAUAUACACAGUAAUGGACUGCAAAAUUAAUUCAAGUUAUGACCUCCUAUCAAUGUAACCGAAUAAUGUCAUUAUUUGGCUUCACCUCAGUAUCAUGAAAAUGUUUAUUUACUGUAUUAAAAGGUCAAGCGAAAAUUCUCUGUGAAAUACUGUGUAUAUAAUAAAUUAUUAAAAUUAAUAGUCAAAAUUCCAAAAAUGAUAUUUAUUUUUAUUUGUUACAAAAAAAAUCCUAUUCUUGCUUACCAGCAUAGCCAAUCUUCCUAUAUUUAUACAAAAAUAUGUACAUUAUAUGAUAAAAAAUUUUAAUUUCAUAUAAAGUGUUGUCAUUUGGUUUUGAAAGAUUUGUAGCAUUACAGAGUUGUGUGUGCAGGGACGAAUGGGUAGUGCGAGGCAGUGUGUUGGGACAGACAAUAGAUACAGCUACUGUGAAGCCAAAAUCCAGUGGAGAAAGUGAAUAGUGGGCUCAUUAGAAGUGUAAUUACUUUGUGGACAGACAUUUAAAUUGUUAUUAAUAAUGUAAAUAAAAGUUAAUAAAUAAAACUCUAAAUAAU